AUGUUUGAAGAUGCUCCAGGUGUUGUUAUCGAUAAUGGUUCGUAUGAAUUUAAAGCAGGGAUUGCAGGAUAUGAUAUUCAUCCAAAAUGCUGUUUUAGUACAGUUGUUGGCAGACCAAAACAUCAAGGAAAUAUUUUUGCUAGUAGAACAAACCAAUAUUAUGUUGGUAAUGAUGUUUAAGCCCUCAGAGGUCUACUAAAACUCAAGUACCCAAUUGAUAAUGGUAUUGUCAUUAAUUGGGAUGGUAUAGAAUGUGUUUAUAACUAUGUAGAUAUGGAAAUAAUUUGGCAUCAUGCAUUUUUCAAAGAGUUGAAUGUAUAGCCAGAUGAACAUCCAGCUCUUUUGACUGAAAUUUCAUUUAAUCCAAAGGUCUGUAGAGAAAAGAUGGCAUAAGUCAUGUUUGAAUCCUUCAAUGUGCCAUCAUUCUACUUGGUUAAUUAAGCUGUGCUCUCAUUAUAUGCUUCAGGAAGAACUACUGGUAUUGUAGUAGAUUCUGGAUAUGGUGCUUCACACAUAGUGCCAAUCUAUGAAGGUUCUGUUUUAAAUUAGGCUGUUUGCUGGAGUGAUUUGGCAGGGAGAGCUUGUACCAAAUAUUUGGAUAUUCUCUUGAAUUAAUUGGGUGUUUCGAUAUCAUCAUCAUCUAGUAUGAACAUUGUAGGAAACAUUAAAGAGUAAUUUUGCUAUGUUGCUCUUGACUAUGAAUAGGAAAUGAAGGAAAAUUUAUAAAGUGUUGUGUAUAAAUUACCAGAUGAAAACACUCUUGUAAUAAACAAAGAAAGAUUUAAAUGUCCUGAAUUAUUGUUCAACCCUUACAUCUAAUACUAAAAUAAUCAUCCUGGCAUUCAUGAGUUGUUACAAAAAUCAAUUAUGAAGAGUGAUAUUGACUUCAGAAGGGAUUUGUAAAAACAUUUAAUUUUAUGUUUUAGUUAUUAAUAAAUUGUAUUAUCAGGUGGUAAUACUCUGAUUCCAGGAUUCGCAAAUAGAUUGAAUAAAGAAUUAAAAUCACUUGCACCAUCCAAUAUGAAAAUAAAAAUCAAUGCCAGUUUUGGAAAAUUCUCAGCCUGGAUUGGAGGAUAAAUCUUUUCAAAAGUCAAACCUCAGUGGAUCCAAAGAUCUGAAUACGAUGAAUAUGGCCCAUAUUUUAUUCAUUUAAGGUGUUUUUGA